GAGAGAGGGGGGCUUUGUCAGAGAUGAGUACACAGUGAUUGGCUGCAUGGUGAAGCUUUGAAGUUGAACCUGCAUUAGUUUUGAACCCGUCUGUGUAAAGAUUAGAUCAACCCUUCAUUCACUAUGGAGAUCUCACUUCUGAUGAUUCUGAUGAUUGUGGCUUUUGGUCUGUUUGUAACUGUAGACGCACAAGGUCCUGCUGGUCUGUGUGUUCCUGCAGUCAGAGUUCGCAAGAACACUGUUUAUAGAGGCUCCAGUAAAAGUCUGUUAAGAGUCCCCUGUCCUGUGACAUACUGUGAGGAGAUUCCAACUGUUAGAUGGUUCAGAAUUAAAGAUACAGACAAGUCGAUACCAGUCAGCGAAACAGAUCAAGUAACAGUUACACAGGAGUGGUUUACUGCAGAAGAGAAAGAGAUCAUCUCAUAUUUGAGCUUCAAGAGUUUAUCAGUUCAGGAUGAUGGCCUUUAUAGAUGUGCAGCUGCCGGAUCAAAUUCUGCAUCAGAAAGCCACAACAUUAAAGUGUCUGUUUCAGAUACAAUCCUGGACACUGUAAAUGGAAAAGUGAUGUUUCUCCCUGUAACAGCCAGCCCUACUGUCCCUGUGAUUAAUACAGCUGCUGCAUGGAUGCCCUACAUUAUAAUCUGCUCAGGUGUCUUCUGUCUGGUUACUAUUGUGAUGUUAAUCGUUCUCCUGAGCCUAUAUGGAUGUACAUGUUCAAGAAAACCUGUAAAGCACACAGAUCAGUACACCACAGCCGUGUUCACUCCGGUUGAAACCAGCCCCACCAUUUCAGAGCAUACUGAAGACAUCUCUGUUUAGGACCCUCAAAAGCCACCACUAAGCAAUGUUUAUAAUAUGUGCACUUAUAAUGACCAAUACAACAA